UUAGACAUUCUCACUUUUUUCAGAAUAUAUUUGUGGUCUAUGUUGCACCCAAGUAUGAGAUACCUGUUGCCUUCUAUUCAUCUUGGGAUCUUGUGGCUUUCCAUAACGCCACAUCGACCGUCUGCUCCCAGGAUGAAGAUCUGUUCUUCUAUGGCAUCAACUAUGUGAGUAUUGGGAAUGGAGAGAGACUCCAAGCUCAUGUCCUGGUCUAAAGGCUUAUCAGAGGCUAAGCCAGAGGGGGGAAAAAAACAGUAAAGCUAGAGGUACGGGCACAAGGCCAUCUGUCCAUUCUCUGAAUACAACUGACAACAAAGGAGGGCAACUCUGCACUCAGGGAAACAUACACACUCUGGAGCCACAAACAUUAACUCAUCCUGGAGAGUGUUGGUGAAAAAGUAACUUGCUUGCAUCUUCCUGCGGUCUCAACCUCCAUCACUUGACCAGUGUCACUUCUACUUAACAAGUUCCUCUUCAGGAGUGUCAUGGCAAGAGGGACCACAUUUCAUUUAACAUCUUAUAGACAGUCUGUUUGAGGCAUCUAGACCAGACAGAACAAUGAAUAUGAAUGAGAGAGAGGAUGGCGUAUCAGCGAGGGGGGUAAAUGUCACCCUCACCAUCCGCCUGUUAAUGCAUGGGAAGGAAGUUGGAAGUAUCAUUGGAAAGAAAGGAGAGACUGUCAAAAAAAUGAGAGAGGAGAGUGGAGCCCGAAUUAAUAUAUCUGACGGUUCCAGUCCAGAGCGCAUCAUCACCAUCACCGGCGCAUCUGAGGUCAUCUUUAAAGCAUUCGCCAUGAUUGCAGAGAAGUUUGAGGAGGAUAUACUGGCCUCCAUGAUAAACAGCACAGUGGCAAGCAGGCCUCCUGUCACACUGCGCCUCGUCUUCCCUGCCAGUCAGUGUGGUUCACUUAUUGGCAAAGGAGGCUCCAAGAUCAAAGAGAUCAGAGAGAGCACGGGUGCCCAGGUGCAGGUAGCAGGAGACUUACUGCCUGACUCCACUGAGAGAGCGGUGACCAUUUCAGGCACCCCCCACGCCAUCACACAAUGUGUGAAGCACAUCUGUACCGUCAUACUGGAGUCACCACCUAAAGGAGCCACCAUUCCAUACCGACCCAAACCCUCCACAGGUGGCAGCCACACAGUGUUAGCACAACCACAUGCUGCUCCGGCUUUUGCUUUCCCAGGACAAUUUGCCAUUCCACCCCAAGACUUGACCAAGCUUCACCAGCUGACUAUGCAGCAUAUCCCCCUUACCUCCCUUGGGCAGAGCAACCCCACCUUCUCUGGUCUGGAUGCCGCCUUUGCAACCAGUUCUCAAGAGCUGACCAUACCUAAUGAUCUCAUAGGCUGCAUCAUUGGCAGACAGGGCAGUAAGAUCAAUGAGAUUCGCCAGAUGUCUGGUGCCCAGAUCAAGAUUGCGGGGGCCACAGACGGUUCGGCUGUGCGCCACAUCACCAUCACAGGCUCCCCAGCCAGCAUCAGUGUGGCUCAGUACCUGAUCAGUGCUAGUUUAGAGAUGGCUAAACUGAGCAUCCAGGCUGCAUCCUCUACCACUAUCGACCUCGGCCUAGGUUUCUCCCAGUCCACCCCUUCCGCCUCCACACCCACCUCCAUGGCUGUCCUGGCUGCUCCCCCUUCUGCUAUUAACGUCCACUCCCCCCAGUCCGUCUCCUCCAUCCCCAGUGCCCACUACGCCCUGCCUGUCUCCAGCCUGCUUGGCAUGAAAACUGUCCCUCUGCUGGCAAUGCACACAGCUGCCUCUGCGAGCCUCCCGCCAGGCCUCACCCCCUACACCGCAAAGAUCCCCACUUCGUCCAGCAUCAAAAAAUCAGAGCGGCAGAAGUUUGCCCCGUACUGAG